GAAGAAUACAAUCUAUAUUCUUUAUAUGUUGCUAAUAAAGCUUACGUACUCUGAUAAUGAAUACGUAUAUCGGCAUUCAGCUGUGCUGCAAGGCUGCACCCUUACUCCACUUGUAAGUUGAAGCUUGCAUUUUGCGGUUUUCGCUACAAGUAGAAUACACCUUCACUAUAGUUAAAUUUAAAAGUGAGGUUAUCCCAACCCUUAGAUAUACAUAUUGAUAUUCGGUUCAGUCUCGUACGUCUGUCGAUUAUGAUAUUUCUUUGCGUAAAGGUGUACGUAAUGUGUUUACGCUCAUUUUAUGUAGACUUGCAGAGGACAGUAUCCUGACUUGGCUACAUUUCUUAAUUAUUCGACAAUUGUUUCAAGUUUUUACGAGGAAAUAUUUAGUCAAAAAUAAUUUAUAUUAUACACAAAGUGCCAUUUCUGUAAUAUAUUAUUACAUGUAUUACUAGUUGCCAAAGAACAAUGGAGUCAACAAAUCAGCUGGAUGAUAAUGAUACCAAAGAAGAAUCUCAAAACAUCCCCACUGAUUCAGACAAAAGAAACAAUGAGCAACAAAAACUGGAAGAAAUUAAAAACAUCAUGCAAAAAGAAUUUGAUAUUCAAAGAGCAAAAAUGAAAGAGUUAUUUUUGCAAAAAGAAGAUGAAUUAAAACGAAAAACAGAAGAAAAUUUUAAUCUACAAACGGAAAAUACUAAAUUGCAACAUGAACUGGAUGAAGCUAAGAGUCAACUUGUAAUUGUUGAUUUAAAAAAUCAAAAUGACAUUGAUUUAGAAAAACGUAAAGCAGAGGACGAAAUUGCUUCAUUGCAACAAAUUAUCAAUGCAACUGUUCAAGAUUCUUCAUCCACAAGAAAAGAAUUGGAAAUGAAAAUAAGCAAACUUAAAGAAGAAAACAAUAAUUUGAGAUUACAGAUCAUGCAAAAUUCCAGCGCUGAGGGAUUAUCUUUGUCAACCAUGACUAAGAGUUUAGCAAAAAAAGUGGCCUCUCAAUUAGAUUCACUUUCUCUUGGUUCUGAUAAUGAUGAUAUAGCAUCAAGAAAUAAAAGACACGCUGAUGAAGAUGCUGAAUCUCUGCGUUCUCUAGUUGUGCCAUUAGAAGAAGAAAUAACAGCAUUAAAAGAGAAGUUAAGAACUACUGAUGAUGAAUUACAGAAAUUCAAGGAGAAAGAUGAACAACAAUGUAACAAACAAAUGAAAGCAAAAGAAUCUGGUCAGUGGGAAAAUACUUGUGACAUGUGUGCCAACUAUGAAGCUCAACUUCAAAGAAUGCAGAUGGAAGCUAAAGAAUUUAAAAAAAGCAUUCAAGAGUUUGAACAAGUAUUGUUUGCACAAAAACAAGAUCUAGUGAAAGAAGUAGAAUUUAGAAAAGGAAUGGAAGAAAAAUGGAAUGACAAAAAAGAGGAGCAUAAAGCUGAAGUUGCUAAUCUUACAGCUUCUGUUAAACUUGCUACAAAAACUUUAAAUGACUUAAAAAAACAGUAUUCUUAUACUAAAGAAGCAGUAACAAAAGAAUUAGCGAGGCUGACCCAAGACAGAGAAGCUGUUCAAAAGCAUUUAAAUGAAUUGACACACCAAAAUGAAUAUUUAUUGGGAAAAUAUAGUAAACAUUCUGAUCAUUAUCAGUAUGAGCAUAUAAAUAUGCCUAAUACUGUAGAAGAAUUACACAUCAGUAUUCUGAAAAUUCGAGAAGAAUUAAUUGUAGCAACUGUUGCAAGAGAAGAAGCUGAAAGAAAAUUCAGAUCUUUACAAUAUGAACUUGGAUUAUUACGUGAUCAAGUCGAACAAGAUAACAUUGAAAAAGAAAAAAAAGAAUUCGCUAUAACAGAACUAAAGCAACAAAUUAUCAAUCUACAGCAAGAACUGAAUACCGGAGAAGAAACUCAAAAAGACUUUGUUCGUUUGACUCAAUCAUUACAGAUCGAACUACAAAAAAUAAGAGAUUCUGAAAAAGAAGUCAGGUGGCAGUAUGAAGAUGAUGUUGAUGAAUGUCCAACAUGCCAUCUAUUUUUUGCUUCUGAUAAAAAAAAAGAGAAGGUUCAUUGCAGACAUUGUGGACAAAUUUUUUGUCAGUCGUGCCUAAAAAAUGAAGUAAAAAGUGGACCAAAAGAAAGAAUAUCCAGAGUUUGCAAUAUUUGCCAUACAUUACUUAAGAAAGAGGAUGCACCUUAUUUUAGUCGCGAUCCUCCUUAAUAAAAUUAAAUUCAAAUUUUAAAAUUGUCUUUAUCUUUCAAGUAACAAAACUGGCUGUAUUAUUAGAACUCAAGUUUUAUGUACUACACAAAAUAAUGUACAUUUCUUGAAUAUUUAUAAAUAUGUACAGUUUACUUACUAAGGUUGUAGACACUUGUGAAAAGUAAGUGUGACUAUAAAUACUUGUAAUUUUAUCUUGACGUUAAUACACUUUCAG